AAGUGUCUUUCUGCAGAGUAAAGAAGCAAGAUCUCAGCUGUGCUUUCUUAGUAUCCAAGUCUGCUAUUUGCAAGUCUGGUGGGAGCAUUUAGAAUGACUAUGUACAAAGGGAAACGUCGAACUCAGAGAUACAUCAACAUGGCAGGAGAGCCAAAGCCAUACAGACCUAAGGCCGGAUCAAAGAGACCUCUUUCAACUAUAUACAGUGCUUAUGACUUUGAUUAUGAGUACUACAGAGAUGACUUCUAUACUAGGCUUUUUGAUUAUCAUGGACGUGUCCCUCCACUGCCACGUACAGUAAUUCCACUGAAACGUCCACGGGUGACUGUACAGCCAAUUCGAAGAGGCAAGAGUUUAUUUACACUAAAAGGGGUCUCAAAAUCUGUAUUAUCUGGAAGUGUUUUGUCAGGACCAAAAUUGAAAUCAGAUGAGUUACAAACAAUCAAGAAAGAAUUGACCCAGAUCAAAUCUAAAAUUGACUCCUUGCUGGGAAGACUUGAGAAGAUUGAGAAACAGCAGAAGGCAGAAGCUGCCCAGAGGAAGCACAUUGAUGAGAAUGCAGAGUCCACACAGGAGGAAUGCACAUCAGAAACAGCAGAAAACUCCACCGAGGAUCAUGUAGAAGCAGGCUGCACUGCUGAUGGAGAAGCAGAUGAUAUGACAGAUGGAAUGGAAGAAGAUUUUGAUGAAGACAUCAGCAAUGAAUUGGUAGAAAAUCAUGUCUCAGACAUAGAGGACACCAGCAAUUGAAAGAAAAAGACUACAUCUUAAUUUUGCCCUGAACCAUAUCCAGUCAUGUUCUGUCACAGACUGUAACACGAGAGAAGAAGCAGGAGCCUCUUUCUUCACAUCAUUUGAAAAUUCACCCACAGACAGCAAUGAUCUUGGAAUAUGGAAGAAAUGUCAUUUUUACUAUGGUCAUCAAGGUUGUUCCCAGGCAAAUGGCAUGCACACCAUAGCAUACCUGCUUUAAAAUAAUUUGUUAUUUUUCAAUUAGUUGUAUCAGGAUUUAAAUGUAAAACCACUGAUAUAUUUCCCAGGGCAUACAACUUUAAAAAAAUAUUUAUAUAAUUUUCUUCAAUGAGAUAUUUGUGACCUUACAUUUAAAAAUUGACAAUAUAUUUCUCAUCAUUUUGCAUUAUUCAGUCUUAUUAAGUCAUACAUUUUGUUGAAUGUUUUUUUUUUAUAUAUAUACUCAAAAGGUGUACCACCCAGACAUGCACACCAACAAACUGUUUGUAGGUAUGGGCAUGACACUUUGGAGUGAGCUACAUUUUGGAAAUUGGUGUAUAGUCAGUGUGCAAUUCCAUAAAUCCCGGCUACACUCUGAUGGCCCUUCUGUAUAAUUAUUACAACAGUGAUGUAUUCAUGGACUUUUGCAUUGUUUGAUAUAGUGAAGGUUUUCUUUAUUACUGUUACGUGCAUUAUGAGGUCUUUAGGACACAUAUUGUUAACAUAAAGGAAAAUCUUAGAAAUCCUCAAAGAAACUGUACACACAUGUAUAUUUGUAAAAGUUAUUUUUAUGAAUUGCAUGUUUACUGUUCCUAUUAUCUGGUUAAGAUUUGCCUUUGUGGUUGUGUUUUUUGUAUUUUGUAGAAAGUAAUUAUAAACAUUUGCAAAUGCUAUCGAA